AUGGCUGGAGCUGUAUGUCUGCUGAAUAUCUACAUCAUUUUAUUGGCGGGUGGUGGUGUGACAGUCAACACCCAGGCCCUCUGCAAGGCAAAGGUCAACUUGACCAACCAACCAACCAACCAGUCAGUCACCCUGUCACCACAGAAUGACAUCGAUGGUUUCUGUUGUUCGCCAUCAACCCCUCCCCUCCAGGAAACCACGGUGAUGGAUUUAAACACAACGUUCUUCAUCGACUCCAUUGUGCUCAAUGCUACAUUUGGUAACCAUGACUGCAUCGACGUAGACAUUGGGACUGAGUCAUGUGGCUCCUUUGACGACAAAGCCUGCUACGUCACGUGCUCAUCCCGUGACAUCGUCCAGAUUACGGGCUGCUCCGUCAAGAUCAACGUCACGUGUGACGUGGACAACGUAAAGGGGCGUUACGUGCGUGCGCGCCAGAAUAGCGCCGCUGCUCUGGAGCUCUGUGACCUUAAGGUCAUGGGGUAUCCUGACCUCGGCAAAGGUGACAGACUGGCCAACUUCACCGUGGAACUGGGUCGUCUGGAGUCCAACGGCAGCAUCACCUACACGCUGUGUCGUUACCAUGACGGCGUUGCUGGACCCCUGACGACCCUGAACUGCACGAGGUCCAUCUGGGGUCAGUUUGUCCGCAUAUCAAAAGGGGGGCCAGUCCUUACACUGUGUGAAGUGGAAGUUUAUGGCGACACCGACGCCAAUAACACAAAACUACUGUCAGAGAUGAUAACGCCAGGUACUUCAUACGACGACAACAACGCAACGGGCGAGUCAACAACGCUUCUAGAAGUCAGAAGGGAGUCCACAGCAUUUACAAGAGACACUGAUGGGACUACAUUGUCCACAGGACUUACAAGAGGCACCGAUGGGACUACAGUGUCCACAGGACUUACAAGAGGCACCGAUGGGACUACAUUGUCCACAGGACUUACAAGAGGCACCGAUGGGACUACAGUGUCCACAGGACUUACAAGAGGCACCGAUGGGACUACAUUGUCCACAGGACUUUCAAGAGAAACUGAUGAGACUAUAAUGUCCACAGGACUUACAAAAGCCACUGAUGGGACUACAAUGUCCACAGGACUUACAAGAGACACUGAUGAGACUAUAAAGUCCACAGGACUUACAAGAGACACUGAUGAGACUACAAAGUCCACAGGACUUACAAGAGACACUGAUGGGACUACAGUGUCCGCAGGACUUACAACAGAGACGAGGGCAACUGCAGAAUUGACGCCUCACCCUCAAGAGAGCACUGUGCCAACAUCAUUUACAAAUACAAAACACUACUACUGCCGGUGUAGAUUUGAACCCGCCAAACAAAAUAAAAGCCAGCAAGAAGCUGAAGAAGUGGUGCAGAUAACUGAGGAACUGAAGGUCCAGCAUCUCACCUUGGGCAAGCAGAUCCGCAAGAAGUCCAGCGCCGCUGACCUGCGAAUAUCUUCAACAGUCAUGGGGAUAGUCGUCACCGCAGUUAUCUCCUUCAUCUUUGCUGUCAUCGUCAUGUGUGACCUCCUUCCUUUUUGUCAGUUUUUGUUCCACAAGGAAAAGAUAGGGAGAGGUCGGGGCAAGGUCUGA